UCAGCCGAAGUUUUUCCUUUUCAGUUUCAGUCAGUUCGUUCGGUCAGUAGCUAUUUCCCUUCAAUUUCCCAUUUUCCUUCUCAUUCACAGAUUCGGACCGCAAGUGAAAUGUGAAGUGGCGGCAGAUGUGCGUCGUAUUUAUUGUAAAAAUUAUUUCUUUUGUUUUUUCCAAAGCAAUCAUUUAAAAUCAUCAUGAAGAAAGGGUAUAAAGUUGCAGACGUUAAACGCGAAAAGAAAAUCGGCGUCGCCGCUGAAAAUUUGGAGGAGUUGAUAGCGAAAUCUCGGAAAAAGUUAGGGUUCAAUGUCGAGGAGGCGGGGGGCUGCCGGCUCUUCGUGGCGGAAGACGGGACGCGCGUGGAGGAUGACGAAUACCUGUCCACUCUACCGUCGCAAACUCUCUUCAUUCUUCUGAAGAAUAAAGAAACUAUGGUCACUGAUUUCGACUUCUACUACAACAUGAUCCGGUCAACGAAGAAGGAGUUCAUCGACACAGGGGCAGCAGCGCAGGAGUUCCUCAGUACUGAUGUCAAGGAGAAGUUCAAGGUGUUCCAGCGCUACAUCGCGGCCGCUAGUGACGCGCGCACCAUGCUCAAUGAGCGCGCACAAGACCCGGGCUGGUUCGAAGGUAAGAGAGAGUCUGUAUACACAAGGGCAGCAGUGCAGGAGUUCCUCAGUACUGAUGUCAAGAAGUUCAAAGUGUUCCAGCGCUACAUCGCGGCCGCUAGUGACGCGCGCACCAUGCUCAGCGAGCGCGCGCAGGACCCGGGCUGGUUCGAAGGUUUGGAGCCUUCGGAGAAGACGAAGGAACAGUCAAUGUCGAAGCGCGUCAAGGAACGAAUGAAAGGGUACUACUACAAGACGAAAUCCGCCCUCCAGGCCUCCGAGCUCUACAUCAACACCAAGAGCGGCCGCGGUAAGAAACUCAUCGACCAGUUCCUAGUAGACCUCCGCAAAAUACUCGAGUCCAACAAAUAUAACGAGAGUUACUUCAACCGUAAAGCGGACCAACACGCUCGCAUCUGUAACGAUAGUGGCCUGUUUGAGUGCGGCGGACUCUGGAGCAAGGACACGUGCUCUUACGAGGGCGAUCACGUCAUAAACCCUUACAGGAGCCGCGAGGAGCGAAUCAUAUUCCAGACUUGGAAUCUGGACCAUAAAAUCGAGUUAUCUAGGUCGAUAAUCCCAAACAUACUGAAGGCGAUCGAAGGGUUGUACAACGGUGAUAUUAAAUGUAUAACGUGCGAGGCUGCUUUCAAGCAGGGCACUGUGGAAGCCGAUAGGUACUACAUAGAAAUAUUUACUCGGGAGAACCUGAAGCUGGUUCACAUUGUGUGCCAUUACAAGGGCCGGCACGACGCCGAUUCUGACGUGUACACCGUUUGCAAGAAAUGUAUUCGUGCUCAGAGCAUCGAGUAUAACGCUUAAAACGGCUUUUUCUUUGGUAAGAGCGAUUGACUGAUUUGCUGUUGAUAUUUUGUGCUAUUUUGUAAUAUUUUUCUCUAUUUAGAUCUUUGAAGACCUUUUAUUCACUAAAAAUUCAAACCGUGUUAUAAAACUGUCAUGCAAAUGAAUACGUUGUAAUUUCUGAAAUUGAUUUGACUAAGAUGAAAAAGAUUCAGUGUUUUGGUAACUAUGUAUGACUGUUUUAAUUUUUAAGAAUAAAAGGAUUAGUUAUUAAGUGCAACAUACAUACAGGGGCGAAGACGGUACGAUGUUAAUAAAGGCAUUACAAAGUCUAAAAAAUAUGUAAUAAACAGAAAAUACUUAAUAAUUGAAUGAAAAACGGCGAUUUGUGUAGCUAUUCUCAGGAUAAUUUAGAAUUAUUACCAUUAGCCGGCGCUCGGCACUAAUGAAGUAUGUACUCCAACCCGGAAAAUGUUCCUACAUUUCUACCUGCAUGUUAUAUUUUAGCCUAUAUGUUACAAAAUAUUAUGUCGACUUAAUUUAAUUUCGUACCGUCAUCACCC